AUGGCUAAAGUGGUGCUGCUGUCUAAGCUGGACCCCAAGGGCAACAAGGGUGCAUGGCUUAGGCUGAAGGAGGACGAACUGGCGAGAACCAGAGAAGAACUCUUGUACCACUUCGGCUGCUCUGUGCUGGACGGUGUGCACGAGACCGGUAGCAGCUUCCACAAGUACGAGGAAGUUUGGUUUGUUGUGGAGAAACCGUUAGUCGACCACGGCUUGGACAACAGUGCGGUAGCACUACAGGUCUGGGAUGUACAGAUGCAAAAGCAUGUCAGUUUCGCUUUCAAGUAUGAGAGCUCCGUCGACCUUCAUAGCUUGGACUAA